CCGAGGGAUCAAUAUGGGGAUUGGAGCUGUAAGGGGGGACUUUGAAUGGGUUUACAAUGAUCAACCGCACACAUCAAGACGAAAAGAAAUAUUAGCAAAGUAUCCCGAGAUCAAGUCCUUGAUGGGACCAGACCCUCAACUGAAGUGGGUGGUAUCUGGCAUGGUGCUGACCCAGCUUCUGGCCUGCUAUCUGGUGCAUGACCUGUCCUGGAAGUGGGUCUUGUUCUGGGCCUAUGCGUUUGGCGGCUGCAUCAAUCACUCACUGACCCUUGCCAUCCAUGACAUCUCACACAAUGUAGCCUUCGGCAACAAGCAGGCUCGCUGGAACCGUUGGUUCGCCAUGUUUGCCAACCUGCCCAUUGGGCUGCCCUACUCUGCCUCCUUCAAAAAGUACCACAUCGAUCACCAUCGAUACCUGGGUGGCAAUGGGCUGGAUGUGGACGUGCCCACGGACUUGGAGGGCUGGUUCUUUUGCACUCCUUGGCGCAAAGUGCUCUGGCUCUUCUUGCAGCCCUUUUUCUACGCUCUGCGCCCCCUGGUGGUCAAUCCCAAGCCUGUGUCCCGACUGGAGGCACUCAAUGGAGUGGUGCAGUUUGUGGGGGACAUUUUGAUUUACUACCUGUGGGGGCUGAAGCCUGUGCUGUACCUCAUCUCUGGCUCCAUCCUCUGCAUGGGUUUGCACCCCAUUUCUGGCCACUUCAUCGCCGAGCACUACAUGUUCCUGAAGGGCCACGAGACCUACUCCUACUACGGCCCCCUCAACCUCAUCACCUUCAAUGUUGGGUAUCACAUGGAGCACCACGACUUUCCAAGCAUCCCUGGCAGCAGACUACCACUUGUGAAGAAAAUGGCAGCGGAGUAUUAUGACUUCCUGCCGCAGCAUACAUCCUGGGUGCGCGUGCUGUGGGACUUUGUCUUUGAUGACAGCAUCGGGCCAUAUGCCAGGAUCAAACGUCACUACAAGCUGGUCAAACAAGAGUGA